AUGGAAUCCAAGCCUGCUGCGAGCCAGCCAGAGGGCCACAUUCCUACCCACUCCUCCGCAACCAGUCGGGCAGAUCUCCACUGCUGCUGUGGCCGGAAGGAGUGCGCUUUUCUACAGCAUAACCAAGAUGCUCUGGCAGGAUUGGAGAAGGAUCUCGAGACCGCUGCGCGGCUAGGUCAGGCUCUACUCCAUCGCCAUGAGUCUUAUAUGGCCGAGGCGGAAGAAGACCGCCGCCGGUUAGUUAACAACAUUGAAAUCCUAGAGCGCGAAAAGCGCCAGGUCGAGGCCGAGAAUGCUCGGAUUGUUGAGGAGAAUCGCAACCUGCAGGACGAGCUAGAAGGCCUUAACAGGGCUGUCGUCGAUUCCGACUCUUAUGCCAAAACGCUGGCCGCCAGGCUUGAGAGGAACGAGGCGGAGCUGCGCAGUUUGACCGCCUCUGCUGCGCGUGCUGCUGAUCUCGAGGCACAGCUUGCUCACAUGGAGGCUGAGCAGUCGAAGUUGCAAGAAAGCUUGUUGAUGGCUGAGGAAGGCUCGAAGUCGGCUAUGACCCGGUGGAAGAAGGCGGAAUGUACGCUUCGAGACCUAAACGACCAGGUGGAUCGAAUGGAAAAGGAAGCUAGCGAGGAGCGUGAACGACAUACUGAAUUGGUCCAGCGCAUGGAGAGACGGCGUACGGUUGAGCGGGAGCUUGACGGCGCGGCUGGUCGACUCAAGGGAGCAGCGGCUGCUCAGAACCUAGCUCGGACCGGUGGAACAAGCGUGGUCUCGCGCUUCGUGAAGGACAUUCUACAGGACAAUGCGAAUUUGCAGAUGGGUAUCGUGGAGCUGCGGGAAAUGCUCGAGAGCUCCAACCAGGAGGUACAAAAUCUGCGGGAUCAGAUUGUGUCGCACCAACCCCUCGCACCGGAAUCUAACGGGGAGAGGCCACGCCCGAUGAGAACAUUGAGCCAGGAAUUGGAUGCCAACGAGUCGCGCCGGGUGUCGCAAGAGUUUCACAUCCAUCACCACUACCACACCCCGCCUGUUCCAAAGAAGGAGAAGAGCACUCUUUUUCGUCGGUCCAAGAAGCGUCGUUCCUUGGGCAAUCCGCCUAUGCAUUUUAAUUCAAAUACGCAGCCCUCCCGCAAAGUCAAGCAUCGUUCUCAGCCUUCUACAUCUUCUGCUUCGACGAUUCUAUCGCACACAUCCGUCUCGAUCCCGCCGACCACGUCUCAUCCUCAUCGGUUGUCAUUGCAUUCUCCUGUUCCGCCUGAUUCCAUGGCCAGUUCUCCUCAAUCAGUUUAUCGUUCGUCUAUUUCUAUAUUUGAUCGCGUGGAGCGUGGAUUUGAAACGUCGCAACCUACCAGUCCUGACAGUGCGAUAUUUACGUCGCCGUUGAGAAAUAGCCGGUAUAAAAGUGGUGGUCCCUCCGACGCCUAUCGCACACUGGACGGCACUGACGAUGGGACCAUGAGUGAGGACGAGUUUAGCGAGUUUCAAUUGCAAUCAGUAAUACCUGAAGAAACAGAGGAUACAACGUCGGUCUCCCGGCCGCAGUCACCUGCUGCCGAUGAUGAUAUCUUUUCCACCUCCACGCCGUACCGGAGGAUGCGUCGGGCAACCUCGCAUGAGAGUCUAUUCUCCGUUGCAGGCAUGGACAUCCACACGCCCAGUCAUCGUCCAUCCCGUAUGAGCGACUUCACGCCCGGCGCCCUACCGCUACGAGUGCGGCGCCGAAUCAUGUCAUCCGAGCUCGCCUCUACACCACCAACAACCUCCGCCAUCACUGUUACCGCAGGAAGAGAUCCCGCCAAGCCAUCUUCAUCUCAUCAAUCACCUCAAUUCAUCCUUGCUUCUGUAGCUGGCCCUAGACAAUUACAACAAGAAGCCGAAGCUAAUCCCUCGCCACAAACGAUCAUGGACGAUUCCACUCUUACUCCAACCCGGAUCCUUUCCAUCGGCAGCCGAGUCGGCGGCUGGGUUCGCGGCCGCUGGGGAACAGCCCCGACCUCGUCACCCCACGGCGGCCUCAACCCACUCACGGAGGCGGGCGAGCACUGCCAGAGCCCAGCGCAGUCCUGCGCCUCCUCGACGCACUCCGUCGAACACCCGGAAAAUCCUCCCUGCUUGACCCCUCAACCUCGAAAACGUCAACCACCCCGGUUCCGCUACCCUGGUGUCAACCAGAAGGGUCCCAUUAUGGGGUUCCGCCCUCCGCCUCCCCCUCCUGUUUCCAUCCAUGCUGAACAGAUUGACGAGGGGCUGCUGAGGGAGAGCUUGGCUGAGUAA